AUGCCACAGGCCGCGGCGAGCGUCAGCUCGUCCUCCCACCCGCUAUGGCGGCCCACCAAGGUCAUGAACAUGCGCGACCUCGCACGCGACGACGACUUUCUCAGCCAUCUCCUCGUCGAGAAGCUCGGGACAGGCGACGUGCCCCUCGUUGUGCACAAGAUGGAUGCUAACCGCACCAUCCCCAAGGCGAACCCGGACGAGCUGCUGGUCAUCGUUAAACGUCUCGUGAAAGCCAGGUGUGCGCCGCAGACCGCCAUCCGAGAGGCGGUCGACUUCCUUCUCAAGCUCAACGCAGUACGAUACUGGAUCAAGGAAUAUGAUCAGAAGCAGACGAACGCGUUCGCCACCCACGCCUCCCGCUACUUCGAGCUCUACAUGCCGACGGGAUCGAUCGAGAUCGCGCAUACAUCCCGCUAUACACACCAGACCGGAAAAUCUGAGCUUUGCAUCCUCGCCACUCGCCCGCUCAUGCCCGGUAUGGUCAUCACUGAGCUCAAGGGCUCAAUGGCGGACCUUACGGAGGAAGAGGACAUGGAACUCAAGCGAACAGCAGCGACAUGCGCGCCGGGCGUGCAGGUUCGCCGAGAUUUCAGUGUUAUCCAUUCCAAGCAGAUGAAGAAAAAUCAUCUAUUUCUUGGCCCUGCCCGGUUUGUGAACCACGACUGUGACCACAACGUCGAACUGUUUCGAGAAGGGCGCUACAUUACGUUUCGGGUCAUCAAGCCGAUUGGAGUGGGGGAGGAGGUGACGGCGCACUAUGGCGACGGUUACUUCGGUCGCAAGAACCGCCAUUGCCUAUGUGAGACCUGCGAACGCCUAGGUAGGGGCGGCUAUGCAGCGCAUUCAUCUGAGGAUGAACUUUCCGACGAAGUCGUUGACUCUGCGGACGAUAAUGGCACGAGCGGGUCGGACUCGGACGACGACACGGAGCGUGCGCAUACGCGGAGUACAUGCAAGGGGACCCAUACUGGCGUCAAGGGUAAGGGCAAGGCCGUAGGAGGUGGCCAAAUCGAGCUCGAAGCCGAAGUUGAGCCUGACACGGCCUCUGAACUAACGUCUCUCCCUUCCUCUCGCGCGUCUGUUCCUUCGCCGGCUGGCCCGUCAAAGGGGCAUGGACUGAUGACACCUGAUCCUGAGCCUGUGCGUCUGGAUGAAUUCUUCCGAGACUCGAGCAUUGUUCCCCCGCUGUCAUCGCCUGCAAAAGCAGAUGAUAACCCUAGCAAAGCGCCAACACCCGCCACAUUCCGAUCAGUGAUCUCCACGCGCUCACAGAAGGCGAAAGAGGCUGCAGAAUCAACUCCUGCCCCUGAACCACCAGAAAGCAUAUCCGGUCGCGGGAGAGGCAGGGGCCGAGGGAUAGGCAGAGGUGGCAGAGGCGGUAGAGGUGGCCGUCCGCCUCGCGCAGAUUCUGUCCGGCAGCUUAUCACACCGCCGCUAACCGCGGACCACACCGACUCUGCUGCGACAAGUGUGCGGUCGUCUUCGCGCAUACGCACACGAGCGGGGGACCGGGAGACCGCGCUCUCGCGCCAGGCGACGCCGAUGAAGGUGGAAUCGCAGUCGACUGUCGAUUCGGAGGACAGCAAGGGCAAGGGACGUGAGGACUCCGAUCCUGAGCCAACGAGAAGUCUGCGCCCGCGUCAGCUGUACCCGCUGCUCGAUCCUCAGGCGCUGACAAGGAAGCCGGCGGAGGGACCGAGGGGCGUCGAUGGGAAGCCGCUGCCAACGUGCAAGACGUGCAAGAAUGUGCUGCCUGUGAUCCAUGUGGAGGGCAAGGUUGUGUGGGGCGCGAACCCGGGUAGAACGGGCAAGCGCGGACGCCCGCGAAAGAAUGUCGAGGCUGAAUGCCCGAGGUGUAUUCGACACUUUGCUAUCUAUGGAGUCGCGUGGCCCGGCCGGAGCGACACAAUCAUGACGCCGCGGGACAACACUCCGAACGUGGUCGUCACUCACUCCGCGGCGCAUUUACGCUCGCUCAACUUUGCCGCGCAUGGCUAUGCGCCGCCGAAGCGGCCGUAUAAACGGCGGCGCGAGGUUGAGGACGUCGGUGACGGUCGUCCCGCGAAAAAGCAGCGUCCGGCGACGGGACGACCCCGCGGGCGGCCGCCCAAGAAUAAGGUCGGUAUGUCGAGUAUGGCGAAGCAGCUGCUCAAGGUGAAGGAGAGCCCAAAGCCAAUACCGAAACCUAAGCACAAGGAGAAGCUUUUAUGUGCUGCGAGCCAGGAGCGGCGGAGUGGGCGGACGCGCGUACCCAGUCUGAAGCUCCGUGAGAGCGAGCCGCCAACCAGGCUCUCCUCAAGAGCGAGCAGGGCAGCGUCAUCGCGGCCGCCGGAGUCGAACGCAUCCUCUUCCUCGUCGUUGUCGUCGUCAUCUGCGCUUUCGAUACCGGAUAGUGAGGACGCCGCGAAUGUCGCGGUCCAGACACCUAUAAAGCCAGCUCCAGUCGAUGAGGAGAUAGUAAAGCUACCGACGCCGAAAUCACUUGCGGUCGCUGCACAGCCGCGAGAGUCGAAUGGACGGUUUGGUAAGAAGGCGAACACGAACGGAAGAUUCAUGCGCAAGACGUUGACUUAUUCUGCGGGUCGACGUGCGCGUGCACAGAAGGCGCUGCAGAAAAGCAAGAAUUUGAGAAAGGCGGAGAAGUUGAAGCAUGGCCAGAGCGAUCAGGAGGACGGCGGUCGCAAGGCGGGCUCUUCGGGAGCUCCAGCCACUGCUGUGGAUGCUCCUAAGGGCCCGACGCUCAAGCGGCACGUAUAUGACGAAGAGCAGGAAUGCGGGCAUCACGUCGGCAAGAAAAGACGUUAUGGCAGCGAUGGAGAAGAUGAGGGUGAGGAAGGCGAGAGCGAUAGCGAAGAAGAUGAGGACGAGGACGGGACAUCUUUCCGGGCAAUCCUGCCUAGAGGUGGGAUGCGUGGUGUCCGUCUGCUUUGUGCACCUAACCCUGUGACAUUCGCUCGUCUCAAGUGGGCACGCGGUCCGGCUGAUAACUCGUCUAGAAGGCCUCAUCCUGAGGUUGUGGAUGGCACGAACUCCUCGUCAUCUGCGUCGACCAUCGACGACACGGAGGGCCCAGUGACGCCUGAAGUGGAAACGGAGACGUCGACGGUCGGUGUAGCCAGCUCAGAUGACGACGGCGACGAUGAUGCAGAAGACGACGACGGCGAGGUGCCCACUCGGCCCAUCGUUACGAUCCCGUCGUCGUAUGUUGGCAAACUGACCAUGAAGCCGAAUCCGAUCAAUCUAGCGAAACGUCGUUGGGCCCCGCUGCCUGCAAAAGCAUCUCUCGUGCCCAAAGUCGAGCAGGUGCCGGAAAAUCUCGCAGAACCUUUCGAGCUGCCUUACAACGAGUUGGACUUUACGGAUGGCUCGGACGGGGAAUCCUGGUCCAGUUAUUCUUCUGAUGAGGAGGAUGAGCUGCCCAUCGCCAACAACUACUCGAAAGCGAAUGACCUGCAAUUGGCAACUAGCCGCCCGGUAUCGUGUGCAACCGUCGCAUCAGUGGAUUCUGCGGAAGGCUCGGAACGGAGCGUCGAACGUCUAGUGAACAUAUUCCCGUCCGAACGUGCGGGACCCUCUAAUACCCCUCUUUCAACAUCUUCUGGGCUACUAUCUCUCUCCCAGAUGAACGAGAUCUCUCCUGGGUCUGCGUGGAAGCGAACAGUUUUGUUACCUAAUAAUAUCCCCUACCUGAAUAACCCCGCCGUAUCGUUCGCAAAGUUCCCUAGUUCACCGGUGGCGUUGAUUCGCGCGGGCUGGGACACUGCGUCGUCGGACACGGACUCUUGA